UCGUCGUAGGGAUAUAAACAGCAGCGGAAGCACAUUGAGGGCAGUCGCGGGGUAGUAAUCAACUUUUUAAUCUUGGCGGGCAAGUUUGACGAUAUUAAUUACAGUGACCAUUACGUCAGUAUAGCAGCCAAGCUCCUUGCACUCUUUUCUCGAUGUGGGAAAUGAGAGGCUGAUGGUGAAAAUGCCAGUGUGAUACUUUAGUAGUCGUUUUUAACUGGUGUGUUUGGAUGCCACUCUCGUCUCUUGGUAGCAGCUUCCGUUGACUCAUCAAUUUUGAGAUGGAUCACUGCAAUGAUUUCGACACUGGCGACUGCACUUCACCGGAUGCAUUCAAACUUGCCGCCCGGCUCCAAUUCCAGAGUGUCAGCAACAUCCAGAUCAUCAUCAAUGAGCAUUUGGGAGAAGUCACCAAGGCACAAACAGUGUUCCAUGCCUUUGCACCACCAUCCCACGAUGAAGAUCCAAACUAUGGUCUGACUGUCAGCGUCAUUGGAAAGACAACAUUGCCAGGGCCUGUCCAAAUAUGGAGCCAGGAGUAUGGCAAGUUCAUGAGAUUAUUGAAUGAUGACACAUUCUGGAUGGAAAAGGGUGGGUUGGAUCCAAGCUCGCAAGGAUCACUUGAAGGUUUACUAGACCAGGCUGUCUCAGACUGCAUGCUUGUGCCGAUUAAGAGGCCUGACAAUCACCAUUUCUUCCUGGUGGUGGCUCUUGUAAACAAACAAGAAGAACAUGAUGCUUUUGGUUCUCUAGAUCUUCAGGCUGUGCAUCAGUGCUUUCAGCAAGUCUUGGGGACGCUGGUCGGUGCCGUUGAACUAGAGGAAGAAAGACGGCUCCGAGUACAAUGCCAAUCACUGCUGUCGGUGGCCAAAAAUCUUUUCUCUCACUUGGACGAUGUGGAUGAACUACUAAAGGAGAUUAUGAGCCAGGCCCGUAACUUGACCAAAGCCGAGCGUUGCUCGCUGUUCUUGCAUGACAAGCAGCGCAAAUGUCUGGUGGCAAAGGUUUUUGAUGGGUCGACGUCAUCUGAGUCAGGACAGUGGAGCACGACCGAUAGGCGCCAGCUCGAUAUUCCCCUUGAUCGAGGCAUCCUAGGUCACGUGGCUACCACGGGCCAUUUACUUAAUAUCGCCGAUGCCUACUCACACCCACUCUUCUACAAGGACAUUGACAUAGCCACAGGAUUCAAAACGAGGAAUAUUUUGUGUUUCCCGAUAAAAGAUGGCGAUGACGUGCUAGGCGUAGCGGAAUUGUGCAACAAGACCAGUGCUCCUUGCUUUACGCGGGUAGACGAGGAAUCGGCCAUGUCCUUUUCCAUUUACUGCGGGAUUUCUCUCGUGAAAGGUCUCAUGUACAAGAAAGUGCAAGACGCGCAGCAUCGGAGUCGACUUAGUAACGAGCUAAUGAUGUAUCACAUGAAGGUUUCGAACGAGGAAACGCUCAAACUACUUCACGAGGACAACAUGCACAACAUUGACAAAAACUUUUGCGAGUUUCAAUUCGUGCCACGUUCAAUGGAAGAGCUCCAGACGCCGGCCGCUGUGGUGGCCGUGUUUCACGAUCUGGGUCUCAUGGAACGCUGGUCGAUAAAUCAAGAAACACUCAGCAGGUUUGUCUUGAUGGUGCGAAAAGGAUACCGUGAUCCACCCUAUCACAACUGGAUGCACGCCUUUUCAGUGUUCCACUUUACCUACGUCCUCAUCAAGCGGCUCAGACUGGUUCAACAAGAAUAUUUGACGGACUUGGAGGCUUUGGCCUUGUUGGUAUCGAGUUUAUGUCAUGACAUUGACCACCGAGGCACCACCAAUUCGUUCCAGCUGGCUUCCAACUCACUUCUGGCUGCCCUAUACAGUUCAGAAGGAUCCGUCAUGGAGCGACAUCACUUCGCUCAAACUAUGUGUAUUAUUAAUACUCUGGGUUGCAACAUCUUUGAAAACCUGUCGUCGGUAGAUUACACCCGGUGUCUUGAUUUGAUGCAGGAUAUUAUUCUUGCCACUGAUGUAUCGCAUCACUUAAGCAUAUUCAGGAAAUUAGAAGAUCUCGCGACUUCCGGCUUCGAAAAAAAUCGAGCCGAUCACCAUCAGUUACUUUUGUUCUUGAUGAUGACCACCGCCGAUCUUUCAGAUCAAACAAAAGAUUGGAACAGUUCAAAGAACGCUGCGCUGCUCGUUUAUCACGAAUUUUUUUCCCAAGGAGAUUUAGAAAAGAAAAUGGGAAAUCGGCCAGAUGAAAUGAUGGAUAGGGAAAAAGCCUGCAUACCUACUCUGCAAAUUCAGUUUAUCGAUGACGUCGCUCUUCCCGUCUACUCGUUGCUUGCUCAACUCUUCCCGGAGCUGAGUGUGCUCGUCGACACGGUAAGCAGUAAUCGUAAGAAAUGGGUAAUGACGCUAGAAGAUGGUCACGUUGUUUCGCCAAUGGAAACAUUGACUAACGACAAUGAUUAAUUCUCGCCAAGAUGAAUUACGUCAUUCUAGUCCUUAAUUCAAUCACACUGAACUCUCACCCUUCUCCUUCGUCUGAAUUUUUCAGAAAUGUUCCACUCGUUCUUUUUUGGUUUUGUUUUACGUCACAUGAUUUCCUUUCUUGUGUGUGCGUGAGAGUGCCUGUGUGUGUGUGAAUGACCGUAUUAUAAAUGCGUCCGUCGUGAAUCGGACACGUUUGUACGACUGACCAACCAAAGAGAUAAUUUUUCUUUAUGAACUUUAUCAGCGCUGGUUGUCGUUGUCAAAUCAAUAGUUUUUUUUUCCUUCACGUUUCCAACCGCAACCGGUGCUUGUGCCAAUAAGGAGCUUAAAUACCUCUAUUAUCUUUUUUCUCUCGACCUCUUGUUGUUCUGUUUUUCAUUGACAAAAUAAUCUGAAAAAUGUUUAGCCGUUCGUAUAUUUGUUAGUCAGCACAGACAACCAGAUACCCACUCGUUUCUCAUCAUUCGAUCUAUUUUACUUUUCGUGUACUUCAUUUAUUAUCUUUGUCUCUCAUGUACUUUAAUAAUAGCAUAUUAUUAUUUUUGAGUU